AUGUUCCGACGACCCGCGAGUGACGAUUCUGAUGAUGACAUAGACUCUCGUGUUGUAAAAGCCAAACUUAUUCCACAGAAAUAUGCUAAGAAGCUGGGUGCAGACUAUGGUAGAGGCAAAGAUUUCGUGGUAGGAAGUGCACAUUCUCAAAAAGAAUUAGCUGGCAGUCAACAAACUAGAAAUGAUAUACUCGGUGAAAAGGAAGCAUUAACAGAAGAUGAGAGAAACAAAAUAAAUGCUAAAAUACUGAAAGCAGAGAUGAAAGGGGAUAUGGACGCUGUCAGAAAGUUGAAGAGGAAGUUAGAAGGGAACGAACCAGCUGAGUCAUCGAAGAAAAUCAAGGAAGUAAAGAUGAUUGAAAGAAACAAACAUGGAACUAUAGUUCCCGCAACUAGUAAAACUAGGGAUAGAAGUAAACAUGGAGAAGGAUCGUCAAGAAUGAACCGGGAAUAUGGCAAAAGUCAAGAUUUGGAGGAUAUGAUCCGAGAAGAGAAGACCGGAACGGCUUCAGAUCAAUUAAUGCUCUUCGCUAACUCAGUCGUGAAAAGCGCCAAAAUCCGACGGCAUGACGAUGAAAGUCUGGAUGACAUAGCAGAAAUGCAAAAAGGAAGGAAGAAGGCUGAUGAGAAAGAAGACAAAAGGAGGACAAAGGAGCAGAGAAAAGGUUAG